CGAGCAGAGAUGUUCCGUACAUUCAGACCGAUUACACACCUGCGCGCAUGGCUUGACGUAAGGCGGCGCGGUACUUAUAGAGAGGCUCUCCGGUUCCAUAGAUGAGGUAUCAAAAGGAAACGGAGCCAGCCUCGUUACUUCGGGUCCAAUGGUUCUUACACGCCCAGAUACUGUAGUCAGUGUACCACGGAGCCUCGAGAUAAAUCCCUCGCGGGGAGCUCUCUCAAAUCCACGACAACAACGUCUACAACCAGGCGACGACAGGAUGGCAUCAGGGCCUAAACCCUCUGCUGAACAGCCAGUUCAGGAUGUAUCGCCGGAGCUCAUAGCAGCAAUUACCGAAAGAGUAAAGAGAGAGGUCAUGGAGCAUCUGAGGCAGACAGCCAACACCGAUGAUCAACAGAGGGUGCCGUCAUUGCAAUCUGUGCCUUCAAGAAAGGUCGAGGAUCUCAAGCCAUCAGCCAGUGUCGAAGAUGAGCCAGAGGCGCCCCCACUCGAACGCGCACCGUCGAACAUAUCACAAAGCUCGACUUCGUCGCCUCCACCGACAGUUAGAAGAGUUCAUACCCCUCCGUCUCCUACACAAGCUCCUAUUUCAGCAGGCGCGGCUGCUCCGCAGCCAGGACCUGUGGGAUCACCAUCAGGCAGUCCCUCAGAGAAGUUGUCAGGCGUACGAUUCUCUGAUCGUCCACUACCUCGACCGGGCCAGAGUCGAACAUAUUCGACUGUGGAGCUCUCUACUAUUGAUCAAAAAUGGGGCAGAUUGUUUGAUAAUGAAGGAAAUCCGACACAAAGACUGGGACAGUUCUUACGAGGUCUUGCAAACCGCAUUAUCGAAGAGUCUCCGGCCAAAAGGAGCAUCGUAGCGCCUCCAUCCAAGAUGGCAGCGUACUAUGCAACUCAUGCGUUGGAUAACGAAACCCAUCCUCUAGUUUCGAUCUUUCGAUCACAGUCGAAUGAGCAGAUAUCACGGCUAUACCAAGAUCUUGGCUGCGAGCACCACUUGAUUCAAGAACAUACAACUAGCACACCUACUAUUCCAGCCCUUACUCCCGUCGGCUUUGCCCACUGGAUGACCAUACACAUCUUGGCUUACCCCGAAGAGGAGGCCAAAAGGCUCGAAAAGGUCGUACUGGCUAUGCCAAUAGAUGCCGAUGGAGUCAUCCUGGACGGGAGGCCUGAACGCCUCCCAAAACAAAUAUCCCGGUACCUGUUUCCCCCAAAAGAAGACCGCAAGUCAAGGAAAUGGGUUGAGAAUGCCAUCUCCCACUUUUUAAACAACCUUGGGACAUCAAGUAGGCGUAAGGAAUCAAUUACAUCCCGUUCCUCAAGCCAGCAUUCGUCUACAUCCCAGUUCCGUUCUCGUCCAGUUGAGAUACACCAAACCGGAACCUCUCCGACAACGCCAAAAGGCCAGCCUAUUGAGCGGGAACGCAAUCCGUAUGCCGGUGCACCAACAACAUGGGAAACAUCUAGUAACGAAGAGCCCAUCAAAAUUGAGCGUGACCGUCAACCAUACACCGCUCAACCUGGUUCCGGCAAAAUCUAUAUAGAGGGUAAUAGCUACAAUGCUCCUCCGGGACUUGGACGCGCCAACUCCACAAGCCAAGCAAGGGACAAACCGAACCCAGCCAAAGGCCGAAGUCACAGAAGUCAAAGCACUGCGAGCCAAAACUACGUGCCUCCCCCAUACCCUGGAAUUCGGAAUCCAAACAGCCCCUCUAUCAAUAGUUAUAGUAACUCCACGCCUGAUGACCUCAACGGAUACCAAUACCCACCGCCAUCAACCUCCGCUUCUUCGAGCUUCUCGAAUCAAUCACAACAAUUUAGUCCAUCUUCGUAUGGCUCCAAUACUUCGAUCCCUCCGCCUCCUCCGCCCGUUGACACGGAUAAAAGAGUACGGGAGCAUCGCCAGUAUAGGAGGGGUACGGAUGAAGACGCUAGAUCAGCAGUCGAAUUCAAGAGCCCCCGAGAUGCCGAGAGGUGGGACAGGAUCCAGGAGAGCCGUUCAGGGGAGUUCGAUCGCAAGGAUAGACCGUACGAAAGCAAACCUUCCAUGCCCUUUGAUCCUCGGGAUCCCAGGGGAGCGGCGUACGAGGACUGGUACAGAGAUAAGGGAAGAGCAGCGGGCUAUAACGGAUAUAUGAGAUGAUAACGAAGUGAUGCGAUAAUUUUGUAUGAGGCUAUUUGUUAGGCGUGAUUAUGGUCUUUAGAAAGGUUACAGUUACUCACUCUCGUUUUUAUUUACACGAGCAAGAUACCAACUUAGUUAUUUCCUUUGGUCUUGGGUUCGGCGAAUGGGCAAUGCUUUCUUUUUCAUGUAUGGAUCAUGUAAGUACGAAUCCUGGAAGAUACCUAGCUGGAGUUUUCACUCUUCGAAUUCUGUAUUUCUAUAUGCACGUUCUUGGGCUGCUCUUUGGAUCACAACAGUUGGAUAUGUG